AAUAUUUCGCUCUGGUUAAUUCUGUAACAUAAGAAAUUAUAAAAAAACUCAAUUGUCAAUAGUAUUUUGAAUAUAAACAAUGCUACAAAUGUUGAACGGUUGAUUUAAAGUGUAUCUGAUAUUGGACAAAAACCUAUCUUUCGUGAUAGGAAAGGAUUUGUUUCUUCCUUUUUGAUAAAGGAAUUGUUCAACUCGGUGAGAUUUAAAUUUUGUCAACUUUAAUAUAUGGCAGGCGAGGUCGGAGGUAGGAAAUCUGGAAGGCGUUCGGUUUUCCUGGAGUCGAUGAGCGAGUGUGAGGAUGUUGGCGAGAAAGUCAUGUUCCGGACAAUUGCAGACAAGUUCCAAAGCCUCAAGGAGGUUACCACCGCCAUACAAAACGUCGGCCUAAAGGAGUGCGGCCUUAUAUUUGGUAUCGACUACACGCUGAGCAACCGUAUGCAGGGUAAGGACACGUAUGAUGGCCUGUCCCUCCACGACGUCCAGCCGUCCAGGACCAACCCUUACCAGGAGGUUAUUUGUAUACUUGGAGAGACCCUGGAACCUUUUGAUGAUGACGGAAUCAUCCCGGUGUACGGAUUUGGAGACAGGAUUGUUAAGGACAAGGGAAUAUUUCCGCUCAAAAAGGACGGUGAGUGUGACGGUUUUAUGGAAGUCCUGGACGUAUACACGGAAGUGACUCCCUCAAUCAAGCUGGGAGGCCCGACCAAUUUUGCCCCCCUCAUACGGCAGGCUGUGGAUAUCGUCAAGGACAAACGACAGUACCACAUACUGGUAAUUGUCGCAGACGGCCAGGUGACAGACGAAAAGGAGAACAUCCAAGCAAUCGUGGAGGCGUCCGAGUUUCCACUUUCCAUCGUCGUCAUUGGGGUAGGGGACGGACCCUGGGACAUGAUGAAUGACUUUGAUGAUAAGAUAUCAGAGCGAAAGUUUGACAAUUUCCAGUUUGUGGAUUUUAACAAAGUGAAACAAGGCGCGCGAAACCCCCAAGCGGCCGUUGCGCUAGCGGCCCUGAUGGAAAUCCCCGACCAGUACAAAUACAUUAAGGACUUGGGUUUGCUGGACAAAAUAGUGUGAAUACUUCGUCUGGGAAUAUGAAAGGAAACAUGUCUUCUAUAGACGCUGGAAACAGUUUCUGUUUAAGUUUUGUAUUGUUUUAGUGCAAUUUGGUUGGCAGCUACACAAUCUGGUUUAGAACUAACACGAGUCUUUGCUGGAUUUAUACUGCAAUACACAUUCUCUUUCAGAGUGUUAAAGAGACUCGUUAAUGGUGUGGGACAAAAAUAACUUUCCCGGUAAUGCAUCUAUAACACGUGUUUUAUAAUUAUUUUACUCUUUGAUACCGAAAUGAUAUAGAGAAAAAAUGUAAUUGCAGUAUGAAAAAUAUUCUGGUACUAAUGGUAAGCAACCCAUUCCGGUAAGAGUCAAUGAAAUAUAACGACUGAUACAUAAGUUGACGGAUAGUUUAACCUUUAUGAAAUACAUUUGUAGCAAUACGUGAUUAUGUCCAUCAACCAGCAUAUGGAAUAGCUGGCGCGUAUACAUAUGUUACGUGCUUUAUUGAAGUAAAGAAAACUUUCUAUAUCUCAGAAAAAAUGUUGUUUAUACAAAAAUAUUAUUAAAUGUCAUAGCACAAUAAAAAUAAACAUAAACGGCACCCAGAAAUGCCUAUCAGUUGUGCAUUAAUUUA